ACUCAUUUACUACGCGAUCGUGCGGCGACUGGCACGUGUGGCGGCGACCGUUCCCUCGCGCAGUAACACAGUAACCGUUGCGCGCGCGGCGUCACAUUCUCUCUCUCUCUCUAACGUCAUACUCCAUCAUCGCGCACAGCACGCACACGUCCGCCGCCGUUUCGCUCAGACACACGCAUCACACGCUGACGAGAAUCCGUUAAUAGCUGACCGAUCGCCAUGGCAGAGGAGUAUCUAUACGGAAUCACCCUCGAGGGACCGAACGCGAGCGAGGUAUGGGACCCGGAACACAAGAACGACGAUUCGGACGGCGCGGCCCAGCACAUUGGCGCCGAUCAGAAGCUCAUCAUAAAGAUGGCUCUUUUAGGACCAGAGGCUAAACCUGGAGAACUUAAUGUUUUACAAGUUGAGGCAAUGGGGUUGAAAGGACCCAUUAAAAUUCCAAUUGCUUUGUUGGAAAUGGGAAAAACAGUACAGAUCAUUCUUGAUCUAAGUUUCCCAGAUCCCCCAGUUACAUUUACCCUGGUGAAGGGCAGUGGACCUGUUCAUAUAGUAGGGCAUAAUCUUCUUGGUGCCCAUAUCGAAGAAUUCGAUGAUAUGGAUGAUGAAAUGGAAGAAGAAAAUAUCGAUGAUGAAGACGAUGAAAAGGAUCCUGAAGAUGAAGAUGAUGAAGAUGACGAACCUAAAAAGAAGAACCCUAAAUUAACAGCUGCAGCUAAAUACAAAAAUCAGGCUAAUAAGAACAAGAAAAAAUAAACAUGAGCCUUAACAUUAUGGAAAUAAACUCUUAAGUUAAGAUAUACAUAAGUUCAUCAUUAUCAUCCGCAUUUAUGCGAAUCUAGCAUCAUUUCAUUACCACGACAAAAAGAUUGCCUUCCACUUUUAAAAACACAACUGGACCAACAAAUGUUAAUAAGGCAAUUAUAUUACAUGUAAUUUUAAAAUUGGAUGCUUUUGAUAAUUUACUCAGGAAAAGGAUAUAAUUUGUUUCAAAAAAUAUUUUUUAUGCUAAAAUAAACAUAUUUAGCUAAUCUUUUUGUCUUUUUUUCAAAGGUUAUUGUUUAUUAUUUCAAUAAUACAUAUAUAAAUGCGAAUGUAUGCUACUAAACGUUUGGAUAUUUUUUUAAAAUGAUAUAUUGAUAAUGUUAAAUUCAAUGUUUGAACAGAAUUUACUAUUAUAAUGUUUAUAACGAGACUUAUAAAUAAAAUUCUCUAUUUUCUAGAAGUAAUUUUAUAUCGGAAUAAAAUUGUAUGAUUUGGAACAAAAUUGAACAUGUUUUUGAUAAAAUUUAUGCCAUUGAUAUGAAAGAGUUUUAAAAUGAGUGACCUAAUUCGUUUAAUUCAAUUUUAAAGAAAAAACGAUUAUAUCAAUCAUUGGCCCAGUUGUUGUUAUUCGAAAAUUUGUGGAAAGCACAAACAGAUUUAUAAUGAAAGUUAUAUUUUGUUUUUUUUUCCUUCAAAAUCUUGGUCAUAUCGAUAAAUUUCCAGAGAUGCAAAAAAAUAUUCUAAUAUAGUCGUUUAACGUGAAAAAUAGUUCUUAUGUAAGGAAUUGCGAAACUAAGACUUCAGUAUAAUUUAUUUUCGUGUGUACAAGAUGGGGAAAGGAUUAUUAGUCAUUCAAAAAUCCUAAUUCUAGAAUUUUACUUAUGUCUAAAAAUAUCAGCAUUAGAAGAAGAAACUAUACACGUCAUCUCAACAUUCAUUCCAUUUGAUGAAAGAUAAUAGAAACGGGGGUUACAGGUGUACUGGGUAAAGAAAUGCUCUUACAUCAGUGUCUCAUAUGCUAUUAAAGCAUAUGUAAUGCAUAUGUAUAAAACACGUGCGAUUGAUAAGUAGUCUGUACACCUAUUUUGUACAUAUACGAUACAAUAAAAAAUUUCACAACUUUUAAAAUCCGUA